AUGCCUGUGAAUGCUGUCAAAGGAGGUAAGAAGAGCCCACCUGCUGAGGACAAAGUAGUGCUAACACACAUGAAGAUACUGAGCAACGAAGGAAUUCAGAACCCAGCACUAACACCAGAGGCUCCCACUGAUGCAGCCUGCACCGAAGAGCCCCAACUCCCCGGUGCCAGCCUCCCCCAGGACUGCCAGGGAAGUCCCAAUGUUGUGGCCCCGGCGGCAGACCCAGACUGUGCAGAUGCCCCGGCAGGUACAGACUAUGUAGCCACACUGCCUGACCUCAGCACCUUCGAGUCCAAAUGCCAGCUUCACAGAUUAUCCAAAUUUGAAUCUGAGGACUCAGGAGUGGAAUUGCCAAGCGGGGCUAAUUCUCCAUCGACGCCAACAGGUUCAGAGAAGAGCUUUGUGCUUCACAACAGAGACUCAUUUUGCGACUCGGGCGUGCUUAGCACCUCUUCUUCUCCAGAAAUUGACCAUCUGAUAAUGAGAACAUGUAAAGAAUGUGCCAGAAAAGUCAGCCACCAAGGUCCAGAGAGUGAAAAGCAAGCAGAGUACUACAGCCAGGAGUCUGAUGCUGUGCAGGUUCCUACAGCUCCCCUUGACAACUUGGGUGUCCCUCAGGAAGGAGAAGAUCCUGAUGAACAUUUUGACCAGAGCGAAAGGCAACCUCUGGAAAAGGAACCUGCACCAGAGAUGGGCCUACCCAGGGAAAGCACUCUUCCCACCCCAGAUCCUGUAGAAGAGCCAAAGACAAUUGCUGACAAUUACCCAGAGACCUUUGGCAGCAUGCAAGACCUUCAGAUCCCUGGGCAUCCGCUGAAGAAGUACCCCACAAGUGACAGUCUGGAUGAAUACAUGGAUGAAUGCUGUAGACUGAGUGAGGUGAACCAAGGGAACAGCAAAGCCCUGGGAUCGGGCCUGGGAUACCUGGAACACAUUUGCCAACUGAUAGAGAAGAUUGGGCAGCUGCAGGAGCACAACCUGCGGCUCCAGAAACAGGUCUGCAGCUUGCAGAAAGAGCAGAAGAUGAGCCAGCUAAAAGAGGAGUACCUCAUGCAGCAUUGCUCCUGCGGAGCUGCAAGUGUGUUCCUCAACUCGUACCAAGACGUGAAGACAUUUUUCGCAGGGAGGAGCAGACCUCAUAGCCUCUUGGUUCAGACGGGAAACCCUUCUGAUCUUUCCAUCAUCCCAGAAAUAGGAGCCAACACCGAAAAGCUGAGCGGCUGCAGCGGAAGUGAGAGACACCCGGAAUCAGGAAACAGCCAGCCAAUGUUGGGGCUCAGGAAGCUGUCAAACAAUAGGAACAAUAAGGAGAAUGAGUUCACAGAAGCUGGUAGCAUGGCAGAGGGGCAGGCUUUUCUGUCAAAGGAUCCUGCAGCAAGAAAGGGUCUGGACACCAGCAAGAACUGCUCGGGUGAAAGCCAUGCCUGGGGGAGAAUGAGAGAUCUCAUGAGGAAGACACGGCUGAGAAACCAGAGCAAGCUGGGGCUGUCCUCCGCUGCUCUGAAGAGGUCAUGCCCACAGUUGUACAGGCCAGAUAUUACAACUUCAGAGCUGAGGAAAACUGAGAGGAACUCCAUGAUUGUUCUGGGGCAAAACAUGAAGAAUGAAAACAUAUGGCCUUUCUGAUAACCUGAAUCAAAUGGAACAAGAAAGGAGAAGCGAGAGCAGCAAUGGACACAAAAUUGAAAAGCCCAGGAUUGCUUUGUGCAUCAUGCAUCCGCCAGCUGUUGACAGAGCAACUCUGAUUUGAGCGCUGAAAGGGAAAGAAGGAAGGGGGAGGUGAAGAAAGGUCCGAGGACAGACACGUGCUCAGCUACAUAUGACUUCACUCCUGAAACUGAAGUAUACAUACAGAAUCAAGCUGCAGACAAAAACCGCAGCCCACAUCUUGGCAAUAUAACCAGCAGAGACUUUUAAAUGAGAUUUGGUAACCAUUCCUCCUAUCUGGGUUCAGAACAGAACUACCCAAAACGCUGAAGCUUUUAAGUUGUCAUUGCUUUGUGGGGACCACCUUCAGCUGAAAUAAACAUAAGCCUCACAGGAGACAGCAGCAUCCCGAGGGGUGUCAGGGGCUCCUUGCUGGGUGCUGCUGGGAUGGGCAGCUACAUUCCUAUGGGGGUUUGACUUGCCUUCUGCUUGUCCCCAGCAGAGCUCCUUCCUUCAGGACAGCAUCCUGCCAGCUCUGCAGUUUUACUCAAAUCCAACAGGA